CUGCUGCGUGGAGAGAGAGAGAGAGAGAGAGAGAUUAUUGUGGGUAAAAUUGUUUUCUAGGGUUUCGCUUUUUUUGAGAUUUAAAGUGAGAGUUUGAAAAAGAGAUUUCGAUCAGAAUGAGCGGAGACAACGGCGGUGGUGAGAGGCGCAAAGGCUCCGUCAAGUGGUUUGACACCCAGAAGGGCUUCGGUUUCAUCACUCCUGACGACGGUGGCGACGAUCUCUUCGUUCAUCAGUCCUCCAUCAGAUCUGAAGGUUUCCGUAGCCUCGCUGCUGAAGAAUCUGUCGAGUUCGAGGUCGAGACAGACAACAAUGGCCGUCCCAAAGCCAUAGAUGUCUCUGGUCCCGACGGCGCUCCCGUCCAAGGCAACAGCGGUGGUGGUUCUUCUGGCGGUCGUGGCGGUUUCGGUGGCGGACGUGGUGGAGGCCGCGGAUCUGGUGCUAGCUACGGCGGCGGUGGUGGCGGUUACGGAGGUGGACGAGGCGGUGGCCGUGGAGGGAGCGACUGCUACAAGUGUGGUGAGCCCGGUCACAUGGCCAGAGACUGUUCUGAAGGCGGCGGAGGUUACGGAGGUGGUUACGGAGGAGGAGGCGGUGGUUACGGUGGCGGUGGUGGCUACGGAGGAGGAGGCCGUGGAGGAGGCGGUGGCGGUGGAAGCUGCUACAGCUGUGGCGAGUCGGGACAUUUCGCCAGGGAUUGCACCAGUGGCGGUCGUUAAAAGGAUCGCCGGUACGACGGUAGAGAAGAGUGAAUCGGUCAUCUGACACAUGUUGAUCGGAGGAUCUUAGUCUCUCGCCGUGUUCUAUCUUUAUCUUAUUAUCCGCUUUUUUGCUUAUUAUGAUGAUGGGGUCUCUCUCUGUACUCUGUCCUUGUUAGUUGUUUUUUUCUUCUUAAUCUCUGGAUGGUUUCGGAUUAUUAGGACUUAUUUGGUUAUGCUACUUAAUGGUUUUUAUUAUGGUACUUGUGAUGGUUGAGAUGCUUGCUACUACUUCUGCUCUGUUUCAAGUGUUCAUAUGCAAAAAGUUAUUCUGGGUUUAAUUUGUU